AUGGAUCCCAUCAAUCCCUCAGUCGAUUGGGAGCUCGACCGUUCCUGGCUCUGGCCCGCCUGGAAAUUUGGCCUUGCGUACGAAGAUAUCUUUCACACGCUACACAACCAGCACAAUACCGUGGAGAUCCCCCUCCAGGAUUUCAGAGCUUUUUACUACGAUGUGCGGGAGCUCGCUGCGAAAGCCUCGACGCGCGACGAGCUCGACCGCCUACUCUGUGAACGGAAGCAGAGCCGGAGCACAGAGCUGCUCAAAGCAUUUGAUGAUGCGGCGCUGCAGUUAGCGGGAGACCCGAGCUCGUUACCUGGUGGCAUGUGGGUACCCUCGGUUGAGCUGUUCCGCACACGUUCACUGGCGUCUCUCGUAAUGUUCUUUGCAGGAUUUCUUCCAGAUGAUACUUUAAAAAGGGUCCUUGAACGUCGGAAGGAGGGAGUGAAGGAGAAGCCAGCGAAUAUUGUGUCAGCAUCCGUCAACCCUGGAUCUGCAAAUGAUCGCAAUGACAACCUUCGAAACCCAGAUCGAUCGCCACAAGAAGCACCAGGACUACCGUCUCAACCGCCAUUGAACCCAGCCAAACAUCCGAAUGGCCAGCGAUCAUCAGAGUCAACCAAACCAGCCUCAAAGCAACGGGGGGGCACACGAUUAUCAAAGCGACAACAAACCGAAACUGUUGCAAGAAAUAAGGCUACGGAACAGCGAAGGCCUAGAAAGCAGCAAACUACACAAUCAUCAAAGCGACAACGAACCGAAACUGCUGCAGUUAAAGAGACUGCCGAGCGUAACCGCCCGAACAAGCGAAGACGUACUACCGACGAGAUACCAGCUCCAUCUAGAUAUCAUAUGCGUAAGCGUUGCGUAUCCUGA